UUCAUUGUAGUGGCUUAAGAAUGUCCAUAAUGAAGACAAUAUUUUCUGCGGUUACAUUAUUCUGAAGGAAUGACUUGUUUUUCUUCGAACAUUAAAUUUUGCAGGUGGCCUCUCAAGACACGCGCAAGACAUGCGCAAGACAAGUCUUUGUACUUUAUGUGUGCGAGUCCAGAAGGAAAUGGCGGAUAGUGUAGUGUGUUUUGCUGCUGGUUGUGCGGGGGGUAUAGUGCUGAUGCUCUGGUUGUUAUUCGGUGAACGGUGUUACGUAUUUCAUAAAAAAUAGUAGUUCCAACAAACAUAUUCAGAAUGGAGAGCUCUUCUGAUGAACUUCCUGAGAAAGAACCACCAUCACCUGCUUGGAAAGAGGACAUGCAGAUCCCAAAUGGUGAAAAUUUUCAUGAAGAACUGCAAUCAGGUGGAAAAACUGACACUGCAGCAGGAGAGAGUGUAAAGCCAUUACUUCUAAGUGAAAAACUGCACCGAGUUCUUUGUCUUACCGAAGAAAGUGAUAUGAAAUUGGCUCAAGAAAAAGUAGCCAAGAAUUUUUCCAGUGAGGCUUCCAGUAUACGGUGUUUCAAAAAUGGUAAGCUUCGAGCACAUUCUGUUGUGCCUGAGAGCCAGAAUGCAGUACUCUUGAGUGAAGAACUGAAGAAUGUCCUAAGCUUUAAUGAAGACUGUGUGGAAAAAGACAAAUCAAAGGCAGAGCCUUUUGAGAAUAAUUAUGGAAAUGCAGAGAGUGAGAAGACUGUCAACAACAGCAGUUCAAGGGUUCUGAAAAGACCCGUUCGCACUGCAACCAGAAGAUUGAGGAGUCACACUCGUAGCAGAAGAUUCCAACAUGAGAGAAAUGGCCUGGGUUUUAGUGAUGAAGCAGAUGUUCAUGAUGUUCAUUCCAGUAUUACAAGAUUCAGUUCCAUUACUGACCUACAACAUGAUGUGUCAGUACUUCACAUAAAGAGGAAGAGGAGCCAUAGUGCUGAUUCUAGUGACUUUCCAGCAUCAUUUUCUGAUAGUAGUCCACAUGCCACAGAUCCAAGCACUGAUGAAGAAUUGCCAACGUGUGCAACAUGUGGAAAAUGUUUUCGCAAGAAGUAUGCUCUUGUAAAACAUGUCUUCACACAUGUUCCAAAUGUUAGUAAACCACUGUAUGUCUGUAAAGAUUGUGGAAAGGUAAUUCCCACAGCAUCAGUUUUGAGAAAACACAGACGUAUCCAUCUUAAUGAACUUCCCAAUUCAUACAGCAGUAGCAGACGAUCAGUUUCAUCUCUUCAGACCAGAAAAUAUGAAGAGGGGCCACUAGCUGAACGCACAUAUCGGUGUCCAUACUGCUUCCGUUCAUUUAAUCAGUUUGACUACUUUAGAAGACAUCUCAAUGUUCAUUCUGGGAGGCACUUUGGCAGACACAUCUAUAGGUUACGCAACUGAGUAAUUUUCCCAUUGUUGUCAUUCCUAUAACUUCUAGGAAUUUUUUGAUGAGCUCAGGGAAUUAGUGUGAUGAAGUUUAUAAAGUUGUUUCUUACCACUCAUCAUUUACAGCAUGUCACCUAAAAUGGCUGCAGAAUGAAAAAGUGAUUAUGGGUCCACAAAUGAUAAAUAUGCCAACACAUUUAUAAGACAAUGAUUACCAAAACAAGUUACUCCUUAAACAAACAUUAUUCCAGUUUCAAUAGUUGUUGGGACACAGAUAGAUGGAUAGAAUAAUAAACUUGGUUCAGUAACAAAUGACAGGAGAAAGUGGUAUUAUUUGAUGGUGCCUGAUUGGUAGCAGAAGAAAUGGAAAAACUAAAGGAAGCUGAAAGUCUCCAUAGUAUUUAGUUCCUGAAUCUCAUGGUUUCACUCACUACUUGAGAGUGACUACACCAUUUUGUGUUUGUAUGGACUGAUGAUGAGAGAACCUAGGAAAUGUGAUGUGUGGUAGUAGUUUGUGUAAGAAAAAUACAGCCAGUUAGGUUUGUUAGAUUGUAAGAAGUAAAUACAGUAUCAGAUGCCAAUAGGCAUCUAAAGUGAGCAGGCCUGCGUUAUAUAAUUGGGAGAAGCAGGAUGGUACAUUUCUUGCCUCUGUUCUCCCACAAUUUUAUUAAUUUGAUACAUUUUGUGUUACUUUAAAAUAUCAAUAUUACUUUUGUACAGUUAAUUAGUUAUUUGUGAAAAGAAUGAUUUUUUUAAUGAAUUACUUGUACACAUGUUGUAUACUUAUGUUUUAUGUUUUUUUUUGUAUAUUUAUGAUACCCAGAAAAUGGCCUCCUUUUGUAAUAUUUCUCAUCUAACAUAAAUGACGAUAAAAUAUUUGUGUGUGUGUGUGUGUGUGUGUGUGUGUGUGUGUGUGUGUGUGUGUGUGCAUUUAUAAAUUCUUUAUGGUAUUUGAUCUAAAUGACUUUAUAAUUUAAACUUUACUUGCCUUUAUUUUCUGUGUGUUUAAUGUUUUGUUCUGUAAUGCACUUCAAAAUGUGCAAAAAGAACAAAAUUUGCUCAAUAAAGAAAACUUUGUGUGUGUGUGAGAUUUUCCCUUCAAACUUUGAUUAAUGUAGAACAGUUGUUAGAUUUGUUAUUCCUAGAGACUGGAAAAAUUAGCAUUUUGCGAUAAAUAGAUGCGAAUUCUGACUCGAAAUGCGAAAUUACUUAAUAGACGCUGUUUCAUAGCGAAUUAUAUCCAAAUUAGUUAUUUAUUAGAGAUAGUUUGAAAUAGCGUAUUUUUUGCUUACAAUAUCGAAAAUGUAAGCAGUUACUGGCAUUGUACAUCAUCUGGUGAACCCCAGUUUGGAAAGAUGGUUCAAAUGGCUCUGAGCACUAUGGGACUUAACAUCUAUAGUCAUCAGUCCCCUAGAACUUAGAACUACUUAAACCUAACUAACCUAACACACAUCCAUGCCCGAAGCAGGAUUCGAACCUGCGACUGUAGCAGUCGCUCGGUUUCGGACUGAGCGCCAAGAACCGCGAGACCACCGCUUUGGAAAGGUAAUGUAUACAAGAACCUACUUGCAAAAUGUAGUGUACGAAUGCAUCAAUGUGCUCAGUGGUUUGGUGCCAUGCCAAUAUAGACAAGACUGGUCUGUUCAAGAUAAACUUCACGUAGUGCAACCUAGUACUCAGCCAUGAGACCUAGCAUUUCAUAAGAAGGAAAUGCAUAUAUUUGUUUGUUAGUUAAAGCUCAAAAGAUAGUGCGCUGCAGACGGUUUUAAUGUGGCAAAUUAGGUGACAGAUGUUUUAAACUGUAGUUGCAUCGAAUACCGCUAAAGGUCAGGCCUGAACCACAUUGUUAACAAACUUCAACAAGCAAUUGUGUGGUAGUCGUCACCAAACACUUUGUGUUGUGCGUUGCUCAUUGUUUUCCUUUCUUCAUUUAAAAUAAGUGAAGUGACUAAUCCUGGUUCUUCACGGAUUUCGAUUACAACCUCAACACCACUAGAAGAGAUCGGCGGCCCCUGUGACAAUGUGUCAGUUCUGUUGUAUAAUGCUACCCAUCGAAGUGAAGGUGCGGUUUGUUGGACCCCACGACUCCUUCCCCUGUGGUGGUCAAAAUUCUAAUCUGUUCACACUAGUGGUCCUCUGCAAUUAUUACCUAUAGCGACCGCCCUCUGUGCUAUAACGAUUGUAGAAAAUAAAAAUCUGUAACAUUUUUUGAUGGCGCCGAAAUUCUUCCCCUAGCUGGAAAUUGAGUUGCCAUAUGUUCGGGUCUGCUUCUACGCUAAGUGCCAUGUCAGUUCUAUCUGUGUCAUUAGGUUAAGCAUGGGUCAUACAGCUAUGAAUGCCCACGUAAGGUCGAAGUUUGUAGUCUGUGGAUUUUUUAAUCCUCAAAUUGGGUAGGAAGGACAAAUAAUGUCCAGAAACACCUUAUAUCAGACACACAUUCAAUUAAUGCUGUUGCUUUUCAACGGAGCAAUCAAUUCUAAAAGCUCAAAUGCAGCCGCUGGUUCUAGGUGCUACAGUCUGGAACCGCGCGACCGCUAUGGUCACAGAUUUGAAUCCUGCCUCGGGCAUGGAUGUGUGUGAUGUCCUCAUGUUAGUUAAGUUUAAGUAGUUCUAAGUUCUAGGUGACUGAUGACCUCAGAAGUUAACACCUAUAGUGCUGAGAGCCAUUUGAACCAUCUAAUGCAGCCAAACAAAGGCCAGUAUGGAAGAAAACAGUGUUGAAGUUUUUGUAAAAGCAAACAUUCCACUCAAAAAAGGAACCCAAUCAGUACAUUUUUUAACAGUAAAUUUCAAAUAACUAAUAAUUUGUUUGUCAUCGCUUGUGUUGCGUGACAACCUUUCAAGUCUUUUCAUCUAAUAAUUUACAAACAAAGAAAAUGGAUGAGAAUUUUGACAAAAAUAGAUGCAAAUUUUGCCAAAAUAGAUGCUAUGUUUUCCGGUCCCUAGGUUCCUAAAGACUUUUUUAUUUCAUGACUUUACCAUAUGUAUGACUAUCAGUAAUAUUGUUCCUUUAAGUGUGUUCAUGUAUGUAAUAGAGAAUUAGCAUUCCAGCUUUGUUAAAUCGUAAGUUUAAGUGGUAUAUUUUACUUAUUGGUGUCCUUAAAGCUUUGUAGUUCUGUGAUAAUGGAGUCAUAUUAAAACAGGUAGUCUACCAUA